UUCUUGCUCAGUUGAUGCUGUAACUUGAACACAUUCACAUCUCGUUCACUCUAGCUCUGUCUUGUGCUCUCUCUCUUGCUCACGUUCUGUUCUUUAGAUUUCGUUUGAAGUAAUUAUUAUUAGUGGAGAAUUUGUUCGGUGAUUGAGUGCUAUCCACAGUUGUUGACAGUUUAAAUUGUGAAGUACUCUUUUUAGCGUGACUUUGUACUGAGUCUUGCGUGACGCCGUACUGCUUUCAACCAGCUGCCGGUGUGGUCGUACUGUUUUUAGUCUGUUGCCAGCACGCUCUAGAUGUAAAUUGCAAAUGUGCGUUGAAGUGCGUGUGAUGAAGUGCGAAUAUCACUGCAUGUGGAGUCGGCAGAUAAUUGUCAAUUCGCAAAAGUUGGUGAAAAGAAGGUGAAAUUUGCCCAUAUAACGCACACACCCUCACCCAUUGUUAACUUUUCAAAUUUACUAAAUUUAUUCGUUGACACCAAAAAUCUCUAUUUUGUAAUCAGAAUAUGAACGUUUCAUCACUUUGUUAACUCUUCAAUUUUAUAGAAUAAAUUUGUUGACACCAGACAUCGAAAAUAGUUAUUUUUGUAAUAUUGGAAUCUGAACGUUUUCUGUAUACCAUUUCCUGUUAGCUUUCUUAUAAGAGCUUGAAUAUAGUUGCUACAAGAAAUUGAAUCUUUAGCACCAUCUAAUCGAGGAUUUGAUCUUUUCACAUUCGAUAUAAGAAUUUCUUGAACCUAUUUGUAAAAAUUUUCUAACAGUCUAUAUCAGUCUAUAUACAGUCUACAAACUUCAGUAGUUUAAAUUGUAAAUCCUACCUCAUUCACUAGCUAAGUAGAAAUUUCAUAAUUUUAUAUCCUUUCCGUUCUUUAUUCAUUAGAAUAAAAAUUUUGAAAAAUUCUCUUUAUUUUAUAUUGAAUUACUUUAUUUCAUUAACAGCUACAUUGAACAAAAUAUAAAACUCCUCUCAUAGAACAAUCCAUUUUGAUUAAAAUAAAAAAAACCUUUAAAUUCUACUAUUUAUUUUCGUUAUUUGUUAGACUCAAACUUGUUCAAAAGUUUUGUUUUUAAUUCCCACUAUUUUUGCCAGUUUUUUACAUUGAUCUGUUGUAACAUCAACUCUUAAACAUAUUUGUCCACCUUGUUGUAGUUUGUCUUUGUUUUUGUUAUUGUUGAUUCUAGUUUAUUGUGUGCGUUCUAUUAGUUUUGUUAGAUUUUGUGUACUAUUUUGUUAUCCAAUUCCACUCUUAGUGGGCAAUCACUGGCUAUGUACAGUGUUGAAAGUCGUGCAAUUCACGAACGUAACUUCUACCUGGGUACGUCGCCUUCUUUUUAUCCAACUAGCAGCCUGAAUUGUGCUGGUGUUAGUAAUUACAACAAUAAUUACUAUGAGUAUCCCCUGUCUCCCCCUCCCGUUGAACCUAUUCUGCCGACUCCCCUCCCUCUGCCCCCGCCGCCCUCUGCUCCCCGGCAGCCAUUGAAGCCGGUCGACAGGAAUUAUGAACCAUUUUCCGAUUGGUACGAAGAGAAAAUCGAUUUGCCGAUUUUCGAAGAAUUGGAAACAGUACAACCACCACCACCAGCCCCGCUACUCCAGCCAACACCCCUCAUCGCUCGUCGCUGCGAUGUCCCCGCUUACCCCAAAAUGGCGGUGCCUACAGGAGUCCACCUCCCUUACCCCACCAAGAUGUCGUCGGCCACCCCUGUCUACCCCAAGAUGGCCGCUCCAGUCUACCCCAAAAUGGUGACUCCAGUCUACCCCACCAAGAUGGCGGCCACGGUGGCUCUGAUUGGUGGGCAGCCUCAGCAACAGCAGCACCCAUCACUGAUCCAGGAGUUUGAUUUUGUGCUUAGUCAUCAUAAUCACCACCAGGAGCAGAUGCUGACCCCGCCCGAAAGCCCCACUGAGGUAAGGCAGGCAGAGACAAUGCUGCAGGAUAUGCCCACUGAGGAGCUGGACGAGCUGGUCAGGAUUCGUGUCGAGAGUCUUGUCGAAGGAGGCGAUGACUCUUGCUCGUCAUAUUCACCGGAGCGGGAGGGUGAGGAGUGCUCGAUGUCAUCGGAGGGUGAGGGAGAGGGGUGUGGCUCGCACAGCCCCGCCCCCUCCUCCUCAAUGGAGGACAGCGGCUAUGACGACCCCGAGUGGAGUCCCCAAACCAACGCUGGUUGUGGACCCACUGCCUCUCAAAGCAAAAGGAGUCGCCGCCAGAGUGACAAGAAGCCCUACUCGCGACCACCGCCCGAGGAGAAGCGCCAACGCAAGAAGGAGCAGAACAAGAACGCCGCCACGCGCUACCGCCUCAAGAAGAAGGCCGAAAUCGAGGAGAUCCUGGGCGAGGAGCGCGAGCUGAUGGACAAGAACCAGCAGCUGAAGACCGAUGUGGGUGAACUGCAGCGCGAAAUCAAGUACUUGAAGUCGCUCAUGCGCGAGAUGUUGCGUCGUAAGAAGGUCAUCAAGUAGGCGGGCGGCACUUUGGAGGUAGCUUCGUGUCAAGUAGUAGUUUGGCUAGUGUGUGUGGUACUUGAGGGAGCCUUGAAAAUAGGGUUCGCCGCCACCAACACACGCUGUGCGCUUAUCAUCACCUAUGUUUAUUAUUUACUGGAAUGUACCGUAUAUAAAAUAUAUAGAUAAUAAGCAUAGAUGAAGAGCGUACUACCUUUAUUCGUUGCGCGUAAUUCUGUACACAGUGCAAGGUUUAGAAGUGAUUUGCAAGCGAAUCAAAUUGAAUUUUCCCGCAAAUAUUUACAAGUGAAAUGAUGAAAUUUGUAUGAAAUAUUUUUCUCCCUCUUUCAUUAAAAAAAAUUGAGUCGAUAUCUUCAAAAAUAGUUGAGAUACAAUUGCGCCGUAAUUAGUCACUUAAUUACCUAUUAGUUACCUAUUUCGCUAAAAGAACAACAUAUUAUUAUUAAGAACAUCCCCUACCAACGUUCCAAGUUCAGCUGAUGGUAAACAAAGGUCAGCCGUCUUGAUAAAAAUUCCAAAAUCAUUAUCCACUAUUAGGACGCUCAAAAUCAGGAGGUUGGGUUUAAAAUAGAAAUAUGUUGGUGGUAUUCAAAUUGUUUUGAUAAUUAUUUUAUAAUAAACAUUAAUCACACGCUCGUAUCUGCUUCAGGAUACGUCUGUUACACUGCUCAGUAACCUAUAUUACAGAGAAUUCAACCGAGAUAGAAUAACAGGCUAAGCCAAAAACUGUUCCUCUCCCGACUUUCGAUAUUAGAAUAAUAUCGUCCAAAAUAAGGCUAUAUUGAUAGAAUUUCAUGUCCCAAAAACGUUAAGGCCUACACUGUGCUCAAGAUGUUGACUUGGUUGAGUUUAGAAAACAGUACAUUCAAUGAUUUGGGAAAACAGUACAUUCAAUAAUAGAUGAAAACUUUUGAAAAUAAACUUGAAAGUUUGACCCUGGAAAACAAACGGUUUCUUGGUGGCAACAUAUUGAAACUGUUCCCUUGACUCAGAAUAUUGAACAACAUGCAUACUUUAUGAAAUGUCCAAAUUGCUAAGAUCACCCUUCAAGGCUCCCUUCGAUGACCGAUCUGAAAAUGGUGACCAAAUUUUGUGCACCGGUUGAAUACAAAAGUAAUCUAUUGAGCUAUAGUUGUUAAAAAUAUUGAAAAACUUCGUUAAAAAAUAAUGGAAAAUUUAUUGUAUCACUUGAAUAAUAUAAAUGUUCCCUGAUCUCUCUCUCUAUCUUCAUCAUGGUUUAUAGAACACUUUGAUCUGCACUCUAUUAAUUUAUAAUUAUUGUAAUAUUUGAUGAAAAUGUGCUGUAAAAUAAUUAUUUAAUCGUCAGUUCGUCACAUUGUUUGUGUGUUCAGUUAGUUUUAAAUGUGCACUGUAUUAAAUGUCUCACUGAGAGAAAUUUCACUUGAAAACGAAAGAUUGUUGCCAUUUGCUGCCAAGAAUUUUAACAAAAAAUUUGAAAAAGUUGGUUCUGCUGAUUAAUAACCUGUGAUGGUUUCUUGUGGGGAUGACGUGUGCUCGCACUAAGUGUACAAGAAACUAUUGGGGGUUAUUGGUUGCAGAAUUAAUUGAUAGUUUUAUUGAAAAUAGGUAAUAUUGUCUGUUCCCCUUUGUAGUAACUUGUAUCAUUAAUUGUAUUUGUUAUCAAUAAUAUUAUUAAUAUUGGUGGGAUUUUUUGUGACCCUGUGCGGGAUGAAAAUAAUAAUUCUCUCUGGGAAAAUGUUUUUAUUCUGUUGCAGGGUCGUUACUUUUUGUUUCUUGACAAAAUUAAUAUGUUCUAGAUAAGAAAGUUUUGGUUUUUAAUAAUAAUGUUAGUAAAGGCAGGUAUCUGCCAGGUAAUUUGUACAAGAUUUUGUGUAAUAGUUUCAUUAAGAGACUUGUAUUGCUGUCUAUUAAUUUUGACUCUUGUGUGAGAAGAUUUCAAAUAAAUGUUGGGCAGACCAGA